AUGGACCGCGCGGCCGACGGCUGGCGCGUCGUCCACGCCGGCCGCCUUCGCACGCCGCCUCCGCUGCCCGAGACGCUGAAAGCCGAUUGGGAGGCCGUCUUCUCGAUGGGCUGCUCCGAGCGCCAUCGCGUGCUGCGGCCGCUCGUCACCGGCUGCGGCCGCUCGGGCACGCACGCAGCGACGGCGAUGCUCGCUCGCGCGGGACUCAACGCCGUGCACGAGAACGGCCACUUGGGCGACAAUACGGUCUUCGUCUCGUGGCCCGCCGCAGCAUAUGAGCGCUCGGCAACGUAUUGGCGCGGCUGGCAGUGUUUCGCUCCGAUCGUCAAGGUGCAUCGGGAGCCGCUAAACGCAAUCUCAUCCAUCGCCAGCGGCUUCAAUGCCCACGGCGUCUGUGGCAGCGGCAAGCGGAGCGCGACGAGCAGCACCACUGUCAACGGCAGCAAGGUGCCCGACGUCAGCACAGCGAAUGCGCGGCCGAUGGACGAAGCCGGCUGGGAUGCGGUGAGCUUUCAGCUCGCCAACCAGGUGAUCUCGCUGCCGCUCGUCAACGAGACGAACAACUUUGCGCAAUGCUGCCGUCUGAGUCGCCACGAGCGAAUCUUGCUCGCGCUCAACUAUUGGGUCGGCUGGAAUGAGCUUGCAGACAGCGUGGCGACGCACUCCGUACCCAUCGAGAGCCUGGCAGCCGACUCGUUCCAGUCGAUUUGGUGCGCCUACUGCGGCGCCAGCGGAAAUCGCUGCGCGUGCGAUGCCCGCUCGCUGUCGACCAACGCCACCAACGUGGCCGAGUCGCGCCCAGACCACAACUUGAGCUCGACGGAGGUGCGCGGCGUGCCUCUGACGUGGCAGGAGCUCUAUGCGAUCGAUGCGACCGCAGCGAAGCAGGCCGCAGCGCUGGCGCGCGCCUACGGCUACCCCGGGCCGUGGAUUGCUGCCGCUGAUAAGCGUGUGGACGGGACGAACGGAGGAGAAGACUGGGUCACGCUCGGGGGGGACGAGCUCGCGGACGUGUACGCCCUCCCCGCCGAGGACUACGCUGGCGGCGAGCGCGAGCAGCUCUCCUCGGCGCUCGGCCGGCUCCUCGGCCUGCUGCAGGCCGAGGAUGAGCCCUCGCAAUCGUACACGCCUUUUGAGGAGGAGGCCGACGCUGCCGAUGCGGUCGCGGCGGAGGCGGCCGCG